AUGUGUCUAAUUAAGAUAAGUUAUUCACAAUUAAAUGGAAUUAAUUAUAUGUAGUUGUGAGGUUCUUAUUUUUGUAAUGCUACUUUUUUACCUACAAUAUAUUGAAUACAUGGGCUUUUUACUCCUACAUUCAUCAGAAGUGAAUUUUGCAGGUCUGUCUUGGAUAAUCAACCAAAUCUUCAAAUGUCCGUAUUUGAUCAGUUAGCCUUUCAAAUCAGUAAACUAAAUGGAGAGUUAAAAUAGUUUAAGGAUGUCAUGAUAUGCUCCUUUCCGCUUUACAUUUGCCUCUGAUUUUUUUUUUUUAAUACAUAAUUUUUAAGAACGGUAGUUUAAAGCCCAAGACGCAUGUGCAAUAAAUGUGGUUAUAUCUAAACAAAAGUUUUCAUCCUCAGAUUUGGAGGUUGGAAACCGGCGUGACACCACCAGCACGCAACUGCGCUGCGUCAGUCACAAGGUCCAGACGUGUGUGCUCCGCUUCCCUGCGUGGGUCAGGGCGUAUCUCGCACUCCCCUUCUCUCCUUUUCCCAGCUCUCUGUAGUUCUCUGUGCGCUGUCCUGUGCUGCUCCCCUUUCCUCCCCUUUGGUCCUUUCCAUUACGGAGGAUUCAUGCUCAGCUCUCGCCCUUCUCGGUCGCCAUGCAGAACAACCACCAAAAGGAGCAUCUUUAUAAGAUUCUUGUAAUAGGGGACCUCGGGGUCGGCAAGACCAGCAUCAUCAAACGUUAUGUCCAUCACAACUUCAGCCCCAACUAUCGAGCCACUAUUGGAGUGGACUUCGCUCUCAAAGUCCUCAACUGGGACCAGGAGACGGUGCGCCUUCAGCUGUGGGACAUUGCAGGUCAGGAGAGGUUUGGAAACAUGACCCGUGUGUAUUACCGGGAGGCCAUGGGCGCCUUCAUCGUGUUCGACGUCACGAGGCCUGCCUCCUUUGAGGCCGUCACCAAAUGGAAGGAGGACUUGGAUUCCAAACUGACACUAGCUAAUGGGAAAAAUGUAGCCACUGUGCUUUUGGCUAAUAAAUGUGACCAGGGUCGGGAAGUACUGACCAAUAACGGAAUAAAGAUGGAGCAGUUCUGCGAGGAGAACGGCUUUGUCGGAUGGUACGAGACGUCUGCUAAGGAGAACAUCAACAUUGAUGAAGCAGCAAACUGCUUGGUGAAACACAUCAUUGCCAGCGAGAACGACAUGCUCCAGUCAGAAGUCCCUGACACCAUUACCCCUCAGUUAGAGAAGGACAAAGGCGGGACAUGCUCCUCCUGCUUCAGAGCCCAGUAACACCUCCUCUUUUUUUUUUUUUAUCCCAUUACAACACAAAGUUCAGUUUGUCUGUGAGCAGGAGACCUUGGUGGAACUACGUCUGCUGUUUUUUAUCCAAGCAUGCAUAGGUGCCAAUUGUUUUCUUGCCUGGUU